AUGAAGCUGCCUAUAGCGGUGGAGGACGUGAGAAGGGAGGUGGCGAUAAUGAAGCUGCUGUCGGGCCAUCCCAACGUGGUUCAGUUCAUUGACGUGUUCGAGGACACCGACUUUGUGUACAUCUGCAUGGAAAUCUGCGAGGGUGGCGAACUCCUCGACCGAAUCCUUAGCAAGCGCGAAAAUCGGUAUUCAGAGAAGGAUGCAGCAGGAGUGGUGCGGCAGAUGCUGAGCGUGGUGGCCAAAUGCCAUCUGCACGGCGUUGUUCACCGCGACUUAAAGCCCGAGAAUUUUCUUUUCAAGUCCAAGGCAGAAGAUGCGCUCCUUAAAGCCACCGACUUUGGCCUCUCGGAUUUCAGAAAACCCGGCAAGCAUUUCACGGACGUGGUGGGCAGUGCAUACUAUGUCGCCCCUGAGGUGCUCAAGCGGCGGUCGGGGCCGGAGAGUGACGUGUGGAGCAUCGGGGUUAUCACGUAUAUUUUGCUGUCAGGGAGGCGGCCCUUCUGGGAUAGAACAGAGGCGGGGAUAUUCAAUGAGGUGCUGAAGAAGCGGCCUGACUUCAGGGAGAAGCCAUGGCCUAAUGUGUCAUCCAGCGCCAAGGACUUUGUGAAGAAGCUUCUGAAGAAGGACCCCCGCGCCCGACCCACUGCCGCCCAGGCUUUGUCGCACAAGUGGGUGAAGGAGGGAGGAGACGCGUCGUCAGUCCCGCUGGACAUAGCAGUGCUGUCCAACAUGCGAGAGUUUGUCAAGUACUCGCGCCUCAAGCAGAUGGCGCUCAAGGCCCUGGCGACAACACUGGAGGAAAAUGAGGUGCAGGCUUUAAGGGAUCAGUUCAAUGCGAUGGAUAUCAACAAGGAUGGCACGAUCACGAUCGAUGAGAUCAGACAGGCACUGAGUCACGACCUGCCAUUCGAAGUGAAGGAGUCGAGAGUGCUGCAGAUCCUUCAAGCGAUGGACACCAAUUGCGACGGCAUAAUCGAUUUCGAUGAAUUCGUAGCAGCAACGCUGCACGUGCAGCAGCUAGAGGAGGCCGACUCCACCAAGUGGCAGGAGCGCUCGCGAGCGGCCUUCGCCCAGUUUGAUCGUGACAAUGAUGGGUACAUCGAUGCGGAGGAGCUGAGGAUGGCUGCCCAGGUUAAUUUCCCGUUGGAUAAUUUGAUAGCGGAAGCCGACACGGACGGGGACGGCAGAAUCAGCCUGCCCGACGAAUCGUCGGUCCCGCUUAUAACGGGGACGCCUGUAGCGGGCGCGAGGGCUGGCGCGCGCAGGCGUGCUAAUAUCCGAUGUCACAGUAGCGCAGGCGCUGGUGGUUCAGAUGGCAUCCGCGCUGGGGAUUUGGUGACUAAUGCGGGAGAGGGAGAGACGAAGGCGAGAGGGAUUGGACAUGGGCAUGAGGAGAAGCAGGAUGAUCAUGCCCAGCGAGCCCUCCUAUCCCUCUUCUCCUUCCUCCGCCUCGCCCCUCUCGCCGACCGCAUGAGGGAGAGCGCGCCCCUCGCCUCGCUCUCCCUCGCGCUCUGCCUUGCUGCAUAUGCCGUGCCGUUGCUCGUGCCGCUCGUGGUCCAGAUGCAAUCCCAGCCGUUGGUGCUGCAGAUGCUGCAGACGGGGCUUGUGGCAGCUGCUCUCCCUCUCACAGCUAUCCCAGCGACCAUGGAUGCAUUGGUGGACAUAGCAGGCGGGGCAGUGAACAUCCAUGUGCUCAUGACCGUGGCAGCACUGGCGUCAGUGGCCAUGGGGAAUGCUUUGGAAGGCACCCUGCUGCUCGCCAUGUUCUCCAUCUCCCAUAUAGCGGAGCAUUAUUUCACCGAAAAGGCUCUGGGCGACCUGCGCUCCUUGCAGGACAACAACCCUUCCACUGCUCUCCUCAUCGAUCCCUCCUGCCUCUCUUCUGUCGGUGCUUCUACUGCUGCUGCUGCUUCUGAAAACGGCGCCAGUGGCGGCAGCAACAGCAGCAACAGCAACGGCAGCAGCAACGGCAGCAGCAGCAGCAGCAGCAGCAGCGGCGACGGUGGGAGCGAAAGGAGAGAAGGCGGGGUGGUGUUUCCGGGUCUGGCUGCCCUCUCAUGGUCCGAAGUGCCCGUAGCAGAUGUGCCGGUGGGGGCUAUGGUGCUGGUGAAAGCAGGAGAGGUCGUCCCUCUAGACGGCACCGUUCGCUUCGGGCGUUCCCUCGUCACCGCAGAGCACCUCACCUCACCGGCACCAACCUUUUUUUUCCUUCCCUGCUGCUCUGCUCUUUCAUAUUUUCCCCCCACCCUUCAGGUCGUCCCCCUAGAUGGCACCGUCCACUUCGGCCGUUCCCUCGUCACCGCAGAGCACCUCACCGGCGAGGCGCACCCCGUCGAGAAGCUUCCCGGAAACUCCCUCCCGGGCGGCUCGCGCACCGUCGACAGCUUCCUCGUCGUGGAAACUUCCCGGAAAUGUGCUCAGCUCGCCAGGGGUGCGGGGGUCGCUGUAUCGGGCUCUAGCAGUGAUGGUGGCGGCAUCGCCCUCUCGCCAGGGGUGCGCGGGUCUCUGUAUCGGGCGCUGGCAGUGAUGGUGGCGGCUUCCCCCUGUGCUCUUGCUGUCGCUCCCCUCGCCUACUUCUGCGCUCUCACCGCCUGUGCUGCCAAGGGCAUACUCCUGAAGGGCGGCCAUGCCUUGGACGCCACAGCAGCGUGCGACACAAGCAUUCUACUGAAGGGUGGUCAUGCCCUGGACGCCACAGCAGCGUGCGACACAGUGGCAUUUGACAAGACCGGCACCCUCACCACCGGCCAACUCGCCCUUCCUCCCUCUCUCCCUUUCCUCCCUCCACUUGUCCUUUCCUCCAUCCCAUCAGGGUAUUCUACUGAAGGGGGGGCACGCUUUGGACGCCACAGCAGC